CCGGGCUCGGCGUUCGGUCCCGCGAGCGGCAGAAUUCCAGAGAUCCGGCUAGCGGCGGCUUUCCGGGAGUUCCGCCUCGUAAUGCGAGCGGAGGUGCAUCGACCAGAUCGCGCCCCGCCGCCGCAGCGGAGCAUCAGCUUACAUGAGGCAUAGAAUAGAAAUCCAUCAGACAUGGACACUGUGGAUGAUUUGAAAAGGAAACUCCAUCAGGCUGAAAAAGAAAAUGUUGAAUUACUUACUCAACGCAAGCAAGAAAAGUCCCAGUAUGAAAAAGAGAUAAUUAAAUUGCGUUUGGAACUUGAGAGAGGGGAGGCUAUUCGUCGAGGUCUGGAGUAUGAAUUGUCAGUGGCCAGAAAAGAGGCUCAGAUGCAAAUGUAUGCCGCAGAAGAGGAGCUGUGUGUUGCAAAAAGUGAACUUGUGGAACUGCAAGUACUCAGCGGCAAAAAUCAGCAGAAAGUGGCAGAGGCUGAGAAAUCAUUUUAUAAGGCUCAGCAGAAAUGGGAAGAAGAACACCAAAAAUGUGCAAAGGAGAAGGACGAUAUUCGUAGAGUUUACCACCAUGAAAUUCUAUUCCUUGUCAAAGAAAAAAGUGAAGCAGAAAGGACUACUCAGGACCUGAAUGAUGCACUGCAAAAUAUGCGCAGGAAAUUGAGGGAUGUGGAGGCAGAGCACAAUGGCUGCAGUGACAUGCUGAGGCGCCAGGCCUCUGAGCUGGAAUUCAGAGCUGAUCGACACCAGCGACUCAUGAGAGAGCUUGAAGCAGCUACAGAAAGAACUAGAAAACUGGAAGGAGAUACUGAAGCAGCGAGAGCAGCACAUCUGGAAUGCAAGUACACUAAACGGAUAAUGCAGUUAAGAAUUCAAGAACUCGAAGAAGCUUUGAAUUCAGAAAAGGGCAGCUCAGCAGAAGGUCUUUCAGUGUUACAAAAUACGAAGAGAGAUUUCAGAGAGUCAGCAAAUGCACAUGAGAGGGAACAAAACGUAUUACAAAGGGAGCAUUUCUCCUCGAGCAAGCAACUGAAAGAGAUGACUGAGGAAAGGAAGGAAAACAGAGGUCUCUCUGGGAAACUAGACCUUACCAAAAGCAGCUCCAGCAUGUUACUGGAGGAAGGUAAAAUGGAGGAGGUGCACGUUCUCCGUAGCUUAUACCAGCAUCUGGUAGAAAGCUCUGUGCUUACAAAGCAACCAGAAGUUCCCAUAGACAGUUUGUCUUGGUCAGAGCUUUGUGUCCUCGUGUAUGAAAAUAUUGAUACCCUGGUCUUAGACUUCAGGAGGGCUCAAGACAAGAUAUCUCACCUGGAACAUGUUUGCAAGGACAAAACUGAUACUAUGAGGGAUCUUCAGCGGAGCCAAGAAGAUGCUUUUCAAAAUAUAGCUGAACAGUUGAAAGCACAGGAACACUGUUGGCAAAAAGAAAAAAGGCAUCUUGAACUGCAAUAUUCAAGUCUCCUUGCUGAAGCUCAUGCAAGAGCAAAGGAAUACCAAGCAGCAGUACAGCAAAACAGGGAAAGAAUGUAUGCCCUUGAAAAAAACCAGGAGAAACUGGCCCAUGAAAAUAUUUCUGUGAGAAACACAUUAACAACUGUUCAGAGGGAGCGUUCAUCUCUUCUGGCAGCCUGUGCACUGUUAUCUGGUAGCCUGUGUCCCCUCUACAGCCGACUAUGUGCUAUGACUUCCCAAAAAGACCUUCUUCAGGAUCAGGUCAACUUUUACGAAUUUCUGAACCAGAGGAUUGAGACUAUAGUUCAUACUUUCCCUGCUGAAGAGGAAAACAGUCAAGAUGAAGCCAGACAAAGACAAAGGAGAGCCAAAGCCCUGGUUUAUGUAUUCCGAAGAGCUGUGAUUGUAGUUUUGGCAGCCAACAGACUCAGAGCUGCAGCCCGGUCUUCUACUUCCCUCUUCACCUGGACAAAUGGCUUAGAAGGAGGCAAUGGGAUUCAAGUUUGUGUGGGAGAAUCUGAAGGCAGACGUUAUAGAGAUGGAGCUGACUGCCUUGAAGCACUUGGCUGGUUAACUAGCUCUAACCUCCAUUCUGCAAUAAUCAGUUCCCUCUCUGAAUUGCAGGAUGUUCUUAGCAAACCAGAUCCAAACUUCUGGCUUUCUGGAAACUCACUUAUAAAUGCAGCCAGGAGCUCCUUUUCAAAACUUAUGGACAAGCUGUGCUUAAUGCUGGGUACGGUUCCACUAAAUUAUCCCAGGUGCAUCACUUACCUGGAGAAGGAUUCCUUGAUACAGAGGCUGGCUUGUGGACUUCUCAGAAUAAAUAACCAGGCCCUGGAAGCUGGAUUGCAUGAGAGACUGCCCAGUGUGAGAAACGUAACAUCCUUGCAGCAACUGGUAUUUGAAUACACACGAAGACUUCAUAUGGCAGAGACAAAGUGCCGCUCACUGGGCCUGCAACUUGAGGAAUUCAAAUGGAGUUUCAGUGAGAUGAAAAAGGAUGCUGAAAAAGCCAGGAGCCUGCAAGAGCAAUUAAAUACAUUACAGCAUAGAAUGAUCACCCAAGACAGUAUACAUGAAGAAUUAAAUAAUGCUUUACAGCGUGAGCACAAGGCAAGACUGCUUUUACUUGAACAGGAGCAACAGCUAAAUGAGUUAAACAAUAGACUACAAAUGCUCUCCAGCGAAACAGCAGAUAAAGGCCAAGACCUAAAUCUGUCCAUAAGGAGUCUCCCAGAGACAGCAAUGGAUAUGAGAAGAAGAGACCGAGUUCUGAACCACCAAAAGAGGCUUCUUACCCAAAUGGAGCAGGACAGGCGUCGACUGCAAGAAAGUGUCCAAAAUGCAGAGCGUGCCCUGCUUACAGCAGAGAAUGACAGAGAAUUGAUCAUUACUCAUAUGAAAGCUGUGGAAACCACGCUUCAGAUGGUCAGAGAGCAGGCCUUGAUGCCAAGUGCUGCAGCAGCCACAACUGAGUUCUGCCUGGAGCUACCCAGACUGCAAAUAGAUGCCCUUCCAGAUGAAGAACUGUGGGGCAGGCCAGAGGCUAUAGCAUUCCAGGAUGUGAUUCGAAGUUUUAUGGACAUCUACCAACUUGCAGCUAGUAGAGUUGAAACAUUACUGAGAGAAUCUCCUCAGCUUCACACUGCAGCCCAAAGAUCCAGACAACAAGCAUUCACCUUUCGUGAAAGUUAUGAAAGCGGGAAAGAGUCUAAACAUCCAAGUAGCUUCAAGCUAGAUAGUCAGGCUGACCAGACUCACGUCCCAGAGUUUUGGCUAUUGCCAACAGAAGCUGAAAUGUCCUCCAGCAUGACACUACAAAGAGCCAGUACUCAGUCUCCAGUGCAUGCGUCCUCGAGUGUGAUACCAGACAGACCCAGUACCGGGUCUUCAAUGUCCGCUGGUGGGAUACUGGACAGAACCAGAACUCGUUCUCCAAUCCAUAUGUCCUCCAGUGGGAUAUUGGACAGAGCCAGUACUGGGCCUUCAAUCCAUGUGUCUCCUGGUGAGAUACCAGACAGAGCUGGAACCGAGUCUUCAACCCACAUGUCUGCUGAUGUGAUACCAGACAGAAGCAGUAUUCGGUCUCCAAUCCACAUGUCCUCCAGUGGGAUACCGGACAGAGCCACUACUGGACCUUCAAUCCAUAUGUCUGAUGAUGCAAUACCAGAAAAAAACAGAACUCGGUCUCCAACCCACAUGUCCCCUGGUGUGAUAUCAGACAGACCUGGUACUGAACUUUCAAUCCAUGUGUCCCCUGGUGCAACACCAGAUAGAAGCAGUAUUCAGCCUCCGAUCCAUCUGUCCUCCAGUGGGAUACCAGACAGAAGCAGUACUCGGUCUCCAAUCCACCAGUCCUCCAGUGGGAUACCAGACAGAAGCAGUACUCGGUCUCCCAUCCACAUGUCCUCCAGUGAGACACCAGACAGAAGCAGUACUCGGUCUCCAAUCCACCUGUCCUCCAGUGGGAUACCAGACAGAAGUAGUACUCGGUCUCCAAUGCACGUGUCCUCCAGUGGGAUACCGGACAGAAGCAGUACUCGGUCUCCCAUCCACAUGUCUGCUGAUGUGAUACUAGACAGAAGCAGUAGUCUAUUUCCAACCCAAAUGUCCUCCAGUGGGAUACCAGACAGAAGCAGUACUCGGUCUCCAAUCCACCUGUCCUCCAGUGGGAUACCAGACAGAAGCAGUACUCAGCCUCCAAUGCACCUAUCCUCCAGUGGGAUACCAGACAGAAGCAGUACUCAGCCUCCAAUCCACCUGUCCUCCAGUGGGAUACCAGACACAAGCAGUACUCGGUCUCCAAUCCAUCUGUCCUCCAGUGGGACAGCAGACAGAAGCAGCACUCAGCCUCCAAUCCACAUGUCGUCCAGUGGGAUACCAGGCAGACCCGGUACUGGGUCUUCAAUCCAAGUGUUCUCCAGUGUGAUAACAGACAGGCCUGCUUCUGCAUUUACAAUCCACGUGUCCCCUGGUGAGGUAUUGGACAGAAUAAGAACUCUGUCUCCAAUUCGCAUGUCCUCCACUGUGACGCCAGACAGAAGUCAUAGUCCGCCUUUAAUCCGCAUGUCCCCUCGUGCAAAGCCAAAGAGAAUCUAUAGUGUGCCUUCAAUCCAUAUGUCCUCUGGUGCGAUACUGGACAGAGAUGGUACUGGCUCUUCACUGGACAUAUCCUCCCAUGUGUUACCAGAAAGAACCGGUACUGGCUCUUCGCUGGACAUAUCCUCCCAUGUGUUACCGGAAAGAGCCGGUACUGGCUCUUCGCUGGACAUAUCCUCUGGUGUGAGGCGAAGCAGAACCGUUAUUGUGUCUGCGAGAAACAUAUCCUCCAAUGUCAUGCCACACAGAACUGGUAUUGGUACUGGGUCUUCAGACAUAUCCUCUGGUAUGCUGAUGGACAGAACCAGUUCUGGGCCUUCAGUGGACGCAUUCUUCUUUGUGAGACCACACCAAUUUGGUGGUGGGUCUUCAAUGGACGCAUACUACAGUGUGACACCAAACAGAUCUAGUUCACUGCCUUCAAUCAGGUCUUUCAGCCAGGAUGUCUUAUCCAGUACUAGAAAAACAGAAGGAAAUCAAUUUUCAGAGUCUUAGCUAUGUCAGUUUCCCUUAGCUAUAUGUCAGCUUCUCCUUUAGAAGGAAAAAAAUGUGUUAGUGUAAAAUGAUGUAAUUGAAAUAUAAUCUAGCAACUACC